AUGCACUUGCGACGAUGGCACAAGAGAGGCUCAACAAAGCUGAUAUCAGAGCCUGUGCAGAGGGUGGUUUUUGGUGGAGAUAAACCGACACCGGAGUGCAGCAAGGACGAAAAGCCUCUCGGCUUACUCAGUCAAUCCGGAACUGUGGGAUUCAACCAACAAUCGAUCUGUCAAGACAUUUUGGACCCAGAUGCCACUGACAUUUCGGAUUUUGAAUGCGAAGAAGAGAGCAAUGACAUGUUUCGACAUAAUUCUGAUUGGCUAAUCCUGCAAGCUCAACUACAACGAGUUGACAUGCUAUUAGAGGAGGAGCAACAAGCCAAGGCCGAUUGUCUUCGUCAUUGCUUACAGGAUGACACCACCGAAACUGUUCGAGCGUUUGAUGAAAUAAAAGCAUCAUUGUCGACACAAGAAAUUGAAGGAUGUUCACGGACGACGCCUUGGCCAAUGUCGGACUACCGCCCCACAGUUGUUCGAGUGGGAAAAUUGGAGAAGUCCUGCAUGAGAAGCAAAGAUCUACCUGAAGUGGUGACAUCAAAUUGGACUUCUCGCUUUGCAGCUGUUGAUAAUCGCGUUCAUGAACGACUGACCUUCAAUCUGGAUGAAGUUCCAAUGGAUCGAGUGGCCGAGUCUUUUCUUCACGAGUUUUCCUGUGUUCCUUCAACUUUCAAACGCUUCCGAGCUGACAAAGGGUACUGGAAGAAUCUGAAUCUGAUGAAAGAAGAAGCUCGGCGAUGUUGUGCAAACCAGGAAAGCCUCGAGUUGAAGACCUUGAGCAAGAAAAGAGGACGUCCAAUAAACGGUGCCAAACCACACAAGGAAGAGCCUUUCCUUCCAAUCAUAAGCGAGUCUUCAUCGAAUGAAAGUGAUUGGGAGGAACAUGGAAGUGACAGUGGCGACGACUUUGUGAUCAGCGAGAGAAGACGACAAAAGAGAGGCAAAUAUCGAAAGUUAAAGAAGGAUCAAGAUCCCCAAUCGAUAAAGAACUCUCGUCACAACUCGAUGUCACUUCAACGUCGAUAUGACAUUGACGAUGUGGUGAUGGACUAUGGUGCUGAUUUUGGUAUCUCUGGAUUACCACAAAAGAUUGAAUACAAGGAGAUAGCCAUUCCCGGCUUUAGACCAAACGAUCAGCAAGGAAUUCUCAAAAAACUCGAAGAAAGUUUGUCAAAGAAAUGUCUGGAUGACGUCGAAAUACAAUAUCGAUCAAUGCUUUCACAAUUGCACUUGACCCAACUGGAGAAGGAGCGGUCAAUGUGUGGCAAGAAGGCUAGACAUCAAGCUUUGGCCGCUGGAGACGGAGCCGACGGAGCUGACAUAAAUCUAGACGGAAGUCGGAGUUUGAUCAAGGCUCAAUUAUCUGAAACCCCCUCUAUUGCACCACCAUAUCCACCGCGAAAAUUUUCC